AUGAAGGAUGCCGAAGCAGACUCGGCAGAACCAGUCGUCAUUCCCGAUCCCGAGGUCAAGAGCGACCCUGUGCCAGUCGCGAAAUCCAAGUCGGUCACCGUAGACCCUGACGGAACCACCCAAGAGAUUCUGCUGCCCGUUGCAAUGACUGCCGCCGCUACCAACCUGCAACGCCCACACCCCUCGAUCGACCGGUUGCAAGAUUCCAAGUCUAAGGAACGAAGACGCGCCGGCACCCCGCCACUACUGAAGGGCCGCAAGGGCAAGGUCGCCGAGACGCAAGGCGAUGAUCAGGAGAUGAAGAUCGUGGACCCAGUUCGGGCCGCGCUAACAUGGAAAGAGGAGGAGAUAACGAUUUACGACCCGGAGGAUGAUGAAGACGACGGCACGGGUAUCAACGGAGUCGGCUUCAUGCCGACGGCCGCCAUGGCCUACGCGCGGACACAGAAGCGCCGCCUGCAGCUGGCCGAGUACAAGAAGCGGGAGGAGAGCGAGGCUAGGGCCCGGCGCAGUCAGCGUAGACGGGGCAGCGGCGCCGAUCUGGGCUCCAAGCUGGACUCCAAGUCAUCUGGCAGCGGCGGCGGCGUGCGCAAGGUCCGCUUUACGGAAGCGGAGCCCAAUCGGGUUGUGACGCAUGUAUAA